AUGGACUCGCCUUGGUUGUUGCUGAAUGCCUCUUUUGGCUUCCUCGUGGCUGUGGCACUCGUCCGCUUCAUUGCUUUUGUAUCAGAAGUAUGGCAGCAUCGGGCUUUGAUGCGCCAGCUGCAGAGAGCUGGAAAGCCAAUGCCUCCGCACAGCUCUAUAUUCGGUCAUUUACUGCAGGCUAAAGUUGCCGCCGAUGAACUACCUCCCGGAGCACACAGUUGUUACAUACUGGAUAGGCUUUCCGUCAAACAGGACCGAGCAGAGGCAUACUAUUUUGAUAGUUACCCCAUUGCUGUUCCUAUGCUCAUUGUCACAGACCCCUAUCUUGCCAAUCAAGCCAUGAACCACCCUUGGACUGGAGCUGAGAAGCCCGCUACUCUCACAGAGUGGUUUCACCCUAUUUCCGGCAGAGGGGGCCUGAACCUAUUUACGGAGAAUGGCCAGGAGUGGAAGCGUAACCACGAGACGUUUCUUCCCUUCUUCAAUAGCAGCAAUCUCGAUGCUACUAUGCCCGUCGUCGUCGAGGAGAUGGUCGUCUUCCGCGAUAUUCUGCGAAAGGAGGUACAUUCUCCAAACACGUUCUGCCUUGAACCUUUGACACUGAGGCUCAUGAACGACAUCAUUGGGCGCGUUGUAUUCAAUGUGGAGCUUCGGAACCAGACGUCAGGCACCCACCCGCUAUCUGAGACCAUGCUCCGUCAACUGCGGUUGAAGUUCGCUAGCAACAACGUCGUUGAUAACCUGGGCCAGCUCAACCCUUUCAGGAAGCUUCAGAUCUGGAAUAACGGACGUAUACUUAAUAAGCACAUCCGGGCACAUAUCGAGAACAGAGUUGAGGUAUUUCGGAGUGCCAAGGUGCAAGACGACCAGACGGCGUUCAACUCUCUCCUCGACCAAGCACUCGCAACCUACUACUCCCAGUCAGGACGCCAGCAAUCGGAAACGAUCGACGGCGAAUUCAUGACCAUGCUGUGCGCUCAAUUGCGCAUGUUCUUCUUUGCUGGCUACGACUCUACCUCGGGUACGCUUAUAUCGCUGUGCUAUCUCAUCUCGAAACACCCCGAGGUCCUCGCCAAGCUCCGAGCAGAACAUGACGAGGUCUUUGGCAGAAGUGUGGCAGCAUGCCCCGACAAGAUCAUCGAGAGCCCGGCUAUUCUCAACUCGCUGCCUUAUAGCCAUGCUGUCAUCAAGGAGGCCAUGAGGUUAUUCCCUCCCGCGAAUGGAAUCAGGACAGGCUGCAAGGACCUUGUGCUCAAGAGUCGGGAUGGAACUGAGUAUCCUACCGAGGGAGUGCUCGUUCAGUCAAACCAUAUCAGCAUCCAACGGAACCCGAGUGUUUGGGUGCGGCCGCUCGAGUUCUUGCCUGAACGGUUCCUCGUGGGUCCCGAACACGAGCUGUACCCGCCCAAGGGAGCGUGGCGUCCUUUCGAAUUUGGGGUACGCAAUUGCACUGGUCAGGCGUUCGUGAUAAAGGAAGUCAAGGCUUUCCUCAGCAUCUUCGCGAGAGAGUUCAAUUUUGAAGAGCGCUACGACGAACUAUACGCGGACGAGAAGGUGGAUCUGACAAACGUAUACCACGAGAAGGCUUUCUUGACUGAGGCGGGUGCCGCACAUGCACGGGGCGGAUUACCAUGUAGAGUCUCGUUGAGUGGCUACACUUCUUGA